UGACUCGACUCCAUCUGAAGGCUGCUGACAGUGAUUCUCUCACUGAGGAGAAGCCAUGCCCAGUGUGUGUGUGUGUGUGUGUGUGUGUGUGUGUGUGUGUGUGUGUGUGUGUGUGUGUGUGUGUGUGUGUGUGUGUGUGUGUGGUCCUUAUAAAGCAGCUGCAGAGGCAGCAGAGCAGCUCGCCCUCACGUCUCUGAGCGUUCAGGUCGAGCGAUGGACUCCGAAGCCAACAGGACGAUCGAGAUGCCAGCGCUCGGUCGGCCCUUCAACCUCGGGAUGCUGUACGACUGCCGCAGUGAGAAAUUCAUCCCUGGCAUGACGUUAUGGGACCACGAUGAUCUGGUUAAACAUGUUGGAGAAAGACCACAAAACUACAAUGGUGUGAAAAUAGAUGCAUCUGAAUCAAUUCAGGACAAAUGUUCAGCUCUGAAUGUUGAAGGAUCUGUGAAGGCGAGUUUAUUCUGUGGACUCAUAUCUGUUGAAGGAUCUGCUAAAUACCUGCAUGAUUAUAAGACUUACAAAAACCAGGCCAGAGUCACACUGGAAUAUGAAGCUUACACAAAGUUCCAGGAACUGUCGAUGGAUCAUCUUGGAAAAUGCAACGUAAAGCAUCCCGAAAUAUUUGAAAAAGGAUUAGCAACACAUGUAGUCACAGGUAUCCUUUAUGGAGCUAAAGCCUACUUUGUCUUUGACCGUGAGGUGUCCAAUGGUGAAAGUCAACAACAGUGUGAGGGCCGACUGACGGAGAUCAUCACAAAGAUUCCCCUUAUUGCGGGUAAAGGUUCCCUGAAUAUAAAAGACAAAGACAAACAAAGAGAUGAUAAAUUCUCCUGCAACUUCCACGGAGACUUCUUACUAGAUAAAACUCCCGUGUCCUUUCAGGAUGCAAUACAAGUCUACCAAAGUCUGCCGAAAUUGCUGGGAGCCAACGGAGAAAACGCCAUACCGGUGAAGGUCUGGCUGAUGCCACUGAUAAGUUUUGAUUCUUCUGCUGCAAAACUUGCGCAUGAGGAAAGUUCUGUGUGCAUUGAUGAAAUGCAGGCUGUCCUGGAGGACCUGAGGGAGGCACAAAUGAGGUGUAAUGAUGCACUGAGAGCUGCUGCACAGCAGGGUCCAGGAAGUGGCAAAAAGAUUAAAACCUUUAAAGACAUGUGCUCCAAGUUCAAGAAGGAAUUCCAACAAAACUUGGCCAAGAAACUUCCAGCAAUCCGGAGAGGAGAAGAGGAAGAGGACGCUGUGCUCAAAGAGAUCCAGGAGCAGAGACGUUCUUCUCCUUUCAACAGUAAAAACCUGAAUCAGUGGUUGGACCGUAACGAGAGAGAAACAUGCAUCUUAAACUCCCUGACCAGCAAUAUGAAAAACACUAAGAUUGUCUCAUCUCCAACAGACCUUUAUAAGGAAAGUCUCAGUGCAGAUCAUGCUGUGUGUUUUGUUUUCCCCUCACCGGGAAGUGAUGAAAAGUACCUCUCAACUUUAUCAAACUACUUGAAACAAACACCCAAAACAGACGAUACUGAAGAGUCUCGUACUCAUGAUGUAGAGAAGGAACAGUGGUACGCCUCAAGAGAAGCAACAGAUACAAUGAGGAGUAAAGCAAAACUCUUCAGUGACUUUGCAGAGGCCAACAAGGAGAACAAGAACAUUAAGUUCUUGGCAGUUGGUUCAACAGACGAGUCACAGAAAGGUUCAAGCAUCGUACUCUAUAAAGACGGCUUCUCUGUUAAUGAGAACUUUGAACCUCCUUCAAAACCUGAAACAUUAACAGUCACAGACAUAAACCACAACAGUGUGACGCUGAAGAUUUGUCCAGCAGAGUUUGGAGCAGAGAACAUCACCUCCUACUCUGUUGAGUACUGUGUCAGUGGACAGGAUGGAUGGAAAGAAAAGACGGCAGCAGGAGCUGAAGAAGUCACAGUGAGCGAUCUGAGUCCAAACACAGAGUACAAGUUCAGAUGCAGAGCAGUGACCUCAGUAGGUGUUGGACCAGCCAAUGAAGUCACUGGUUCCAUUAAAACCACAGCUGGAAAACGACUGGCAGAUGUUGUUAAAGAAAACAGCAAACUGCUGGAAAAUCAGCCAGGUCCUCUCCCAGUUUAUAAAGUUCCCCUGGUAGAAGAGACGAUGAGAGUCACAGGGGGCAGGUGUUUCAGUUUUGGGAAUGAGUCCACCAAACAUAAUCGCACCAUCAUGGUUCUCGGAGCAACUGGAGCUGGAAAAUCAACUCUCAUCAAUGGGAUGAUCAAUUACAUUCUGGGUGUUGAAUGGGAGGAUUCAUAUCGGUUUAAGUUAGUUGAUGAGGAUCAAUUGAAAUCACAAGCUGAAAGCCAGACGUCUGAAGUCACUGUGUACAAGAUCAACCACCAGGAGGGGUCGAAAAUAAGAUACUCACUGACCAUCGUUGACACUCCAGGAUUUGGAGAUGUGAAAGGCAAAGAAAGAGACAAACAGAUCACAGAACAGCUGCGUGAUCUCUUCUCUUCGAACCAGGAUGUCAGUGACAUUGAUGCUGUGUGUUUCGUAGCUCAGGCGGCUUUAGCUCGACUCACACCAUCACAGAAAUAUGUGUUUGACUCUGUGCUCUCAAUCUUUGGCAAAGAUGUGGCAGAAAACAUCAGAGUUCUGGUGACAUUUGCAGACGGCCAGCGUCCACCAGUUCUAGAGGCGAUCAGAGCUUCAGGUGUCCCGUGUCCUAAAACAGAAGACGGGCUGCCACUUCACUUAAAAUUCAACAACUCAGCGUUGUUUGCAGACAACAAAUCAUCUGCAGCAGGCAGCAUGAGGGAGGAGGAUGAAGAUGGAGGCUUCGGUCAGAUGUUUUGGAACAUGGGAACAAGAAGCAUGAAGAAGUUCUUUGAUGCUUUGAAUGUGAUUGAAACUAAAAGCUUGACAUUAACUGUGGAGGUGCUCAGAGAGAGACAGGAGCUCGAGGAUGCAGUUGAAAAUCUGCAGAGGCAGGUUAAACUUGGGUUAGCCAAGCUUGAGGAGAUAAAAGAGACAAGUGAGAAACUGAAGGAGCACGAAGCAGACAUCAGCAGGAAUGAAAACUUUGAGUUUUACGUCACUGUCACGAAGCCUGUAAAAGUCACCAUUUCACAUUCUGGAUUUUACCUCACCAACUGUCAGCAGUGUCAUUACACCUGCCACUUUCCCUGUGGAAUACCCAAUGAUGCAGACAAAAGAAAGUGUUCUGCAAUGGCACCAAAUGGACACUGUAAAAAGUGUCCAGGCAAAUGUCACUGGGAUGUACAUUACAAUCAGAAGUACAAAUGGGAGUAUGAGGAAGUUCAGGAAAAACAAACUGUGAAAAAGCUGAAAGAAAAGUACCUGGAAGCCUCAGAAGCUGAGACACUUGUUCAGGCACUGAUCGACAAACUGAGGGCUGAAUACGAUCAUGUGCAGACUGAGGUGGAGAAACUGAUGGAGAGCUCUGCCAAGUGUUUAAAGAGACUCAAAGAGAUCGCACUGAAUCCAGAUCCGCUCUCCACUCCAGAGUACAUCGACAUGCUGGUUGAGGAAGAGAAAUCUGAGGGCAAACCAGGCUGGAAGCAGCGAGUUCAGUACCUCAUAACCAUGAGAGAAAAAGCCGAGAUCAUGGCUAAAUUAGACAGAGGAGAGAUUCUCCUCCAGAGUCCAUAGAGA